AUGGAAUCGCUCCCGGUAAACAACAAGGCGGCCGGUGAGCCCGAAAGCACGUAUAACCGCGCUCUUGAGACGGGUGCUGCAGCAACUCAAAACUUUGCUCCCGUAAACAGAGUAUGCGCUCAUCUCAACGCCUUCCAUGCCUACGCCCAUGAUGCCAAGCGCGAUGCGGUAGAAGCAAAUCACUACUGUGCCCACGUCAACGACGAGGUCCGCCAAUGCAUACUGUACGACUCGCCUGAGCCGGGAGCGCGCAUCAUUGGAAUUGGUACGUCACUUGUGCGUCUGGACUCGGGGGCAAGACUAAGCGUGGUACCAGAGUACAUGAUUUCGCCCAAGUUAUAUGAGACUCUGUCGGCCGAGGAGCAGAGGCUGUGGCACUCGCACGUCUUCGAGGUCAAGUCUGGCAUGCUGAUCAUGCCGCGGCCCACAGGCGUGCCAGAGGCUGCGUGGGAAGUGGCUGAAAACCGCGAGAUGGAGGAGGUUGUCGAGCUAUAUGGCAAGAUUUACCAUUUGUGGCAGACAGACCGAGGGGAUAAACUACCGCUGGGGCCGCCGCAGCUCAUGACUAGCUACACGGCUGCGGACCAGAUGCCGGAUUUUGAGAAGAGGAUGCAGGACAGGGAUGGCCGGUUUGCGAGUGAUUACAAGAGGAAGAAGGAGGUCAGGAAGUAUAUUGGAGUGCCCAAGAUUCAUGAGAAUGCCGAUGCCACGUGGGCGAAGGGGGGACUCGGUCAUUGA